AUGCUCCGGGUGUUCUUGUCUGAAGGGUGGGGCGCCGACCGCAUCUGGCGCCUCAUGCCUCCAGACAUGAGGAACACCCGGAGCAUUGCACGGCCCUGGAACUAUAUACAGGCGGCAAUGGGGCGCGAAAUUGACAAGAUGUUAUAUGAGGAGACCGGUGUGCACCGGGUGGUGCAAAGGCGGCAGAGGAGGGGGGAAGAGGAAGGGGAGGAAGAAGGGGAGGAAGAAGGGGAGGAGGGCGCUCCAGUGGGAGGGGGUGGGCCUGGGUCGCCGACUUCAACAUCGGUGGAGGACACCCAACAGGUUCUGACAGAAGCAGACCUGACAACACCCCAGUUGCAGGAAAUUGUUAGAAUAGCGCAAGGCAGAAGCCGAGAGUUGCAGCAGGGGAUCCUCGGUAACCUGGCCGGCUCAAGACAGGAGCGGCAGUUACGGUGGAGGCAGCGUCGGCAAGACUGGGCGACACAGCUCAGUCAAGCCUUCGCUACCGAUACCGGGGCGCCCAUGUCCACGAGGAACCCCAUUCAGAUGCUGCGACUUCUCUGGCGAAGCCAGAACGCGCAGGAAGAGGGGGAAACCACGGCGGACUAUAACGACCGAGUGAGCUGGCAGGCGUGGAAUAUGUUUGCUAGACAGUCCCAAAUCUGGGUCAAGGAGCUAGAGGCAGAGCUAGAAGGGGCGGAAGCAAACACCAUUGAGGAAUGAGAGAGGUCAUUUGAGCGUGCAACGAACGACAGGUGAAGGGGGUUUUGGGAGUGUCGUGUGUGGAGGUUGAAUGAAGGUCGAGGGACAUGGCCGGAAACAUACUAGCGCGCACCGGAUCAUUGUUUUUGCUGUCAUGAGCGCCUGAUCGGGCUCUGGUAUGUAUCGAGUACAUAGAAGGAACAUGCCUACCAACCAGCAAGUACUGGGGUAGGGUAUGUACAACGCAUUCCACAG